AUGGGUUUCCCUACCUGGUUAACGGAGCCCAUUCCUGGGUUGCGCCUCUCAACUGGCGGCCUACUCGCCCUCGCAGAUCUGUCCACCAUCGCCCGGCGUACGGUCAUAGUAGGCGGUUCCAGCUGGCUGGACAGCUUCCUCCUCGCGCCGGGCCUUCACUACCAGCAAUCCGCGGACGCUCUUGUCCAACAGGGCGCCGCCGGCGAAGGGAGCGUUCAAGGCGCCAUCAAUGCCGUUGAGACGCUGCAGGACGGUAAGGCCAUUACCUUCGCCAUCAACAACGCAGCAACCCGUCACUACAUCCAAAGCAUCGCGCGACCGGGCCAGGUUGUCACGCUGGGCGUUGGUGCAGUGCCACAAUCGAGAAUUCGGUAUCGGCUCAUGAGGUCGAGCAGCGGCAUGCAUGCGACGGUCUGGGCCGAGGACACGGUGCGGGAUCUGGGGUGGAUGUCACAUGUGCUUUACCUCAUCAGCCCGGUCUUGACGGUCUUUGCGUUGGUAAUCAUGGUUUUGUUGCGGGAUUGGUGGAGUCUUGGCUCCCUCGUGGCACUCAUUAUCACCCGGGUGCUCAACAUAUUCGUCAUCAAGCAGCGCACCAGACCACACCCACCGAAACGGACCCCCGAACUCAUCAUCGACCAGGGUCCUAGUACGACCCCGUCGGCAACGCCAUCCGAGUAUUCCCAGUCCCGCCCCACCGAGUACAUCAUCACCCUCGGCGACGGACACUCUCGGGUGCGUCUGCGCGGCACGCCGGACGACCUGCAGGCCAUCACGGCAGACGCGUGGCUGCGGGCCAAGACCCACUUCGACGGCUACCUCGAGGCGGCGGCCAAGCUGCUGGUCUACGUGGUGGCCGCGCUGAGUGGCAACAUGACGCAGGCCGGCGCCGUCAUCUUCAUGAGCCUCCUGUUGGUGUCGGCGGGGCUUCUGGCCCUCAGCAACUCGUACGCCAAGAGCUUCCAGAUGAACGGCCGCGUGGCCGCGCCGCUGCCGGCCAAGGGGGGGGCUGGGAUCCUGAUGGGAGAGAAGGAGGAGGAUCUAGGUCCGCAUCCAGGCGCGGCCGGGGCGGGGGAUGAUUCGGGGAAGAAAACCCCGCCGGCGACGAGCCAGGCGGGAAGCACUACGGCGGCCACGCGGGGCGGUGGGGCGGAGGACUUGGCGGAAAAGGGGCAGGUUGGAACGGCCACUGAGGGCCGCCAUCCGGCCUCCUAG